AUGGAGAACGAAACUCCCGGACCACGGACAGACAUGUCAGCAGACAGCUCCCCCGAGCGACAGAGUGCUGCUACGGAGUUCGGUCCGUCCGUAACGUCGAAACCGAAGUGGUUCUUGGUGCGCGAAGCGGACGCGGACGUGCAUGGAGGGAAUCCGGUACGGGCCUACGGUGCGGCCAUAGGACGGCCGGCCGACGGACGGACAAACGGACGGCGGCGGCACAGGCGCCAGGCCAGCUUCGGCAAGGCAAGGCAAGGCAAGAAAGUGAGAGCGAAGGGGAAGAGCGAGCGUUGGGGGGCGCGGGCGGGGAUCGCGCGUGGUGCCACCGGCGUGCUCGCUCUGUGGUCCUUCUGGGGCUCAGCGGUCCUUCUGCUCCCUGGGGCCCGGGAGGUAACCUGA